GAUUUUUUUUUUUGAGGACCGCAUACGCGUUUUUGAUUCGGUUCGGGCAUUUGCAAGUGUAUAUGAGUUUGUAUUUGGAAGAAGUCUAAUCACGAUUAGAGUGUAAAUCAGACGAAGUUUGGUGGCGUUGCGGUGAGGCUCGGACGCCCAAAUUUAGACCAGUUGGAAUUACAACUACUUCCUACUCCUGCCUUGGGGAAAAAAAAAAAACUCGGUGUAUCUGGCGUCAGUAGGACGGAGCCUGCUUCUCUAGGCCACGCAGCAGCGGACUCGCACAAAGAACACAAAGUGUGUAUGGAGCAGUGUGAGAAUGCCGCGUCUCUCCUGGCGUCCGUGCGCGAGCAGGAGAUGCAGUUUGAGCGUCUGACUCGAGCUCUCGAGGAGGAGAGGAGGAGCGUGGGGCCGUCCGGCACCUUGCCCCGCCCUCUCCCCACGCUGCAGAACGGGCGUAUCCCUGGUGAUGCAGAGUUGGAGCGGCUCAAAAUAAACGAGGGAUACAUCAACGGGACACAGUACAGGAUGUUGGACCCAGGUCACCUUGUUGAGGAGAUGGUCACAGUGGAGGAAGACCCUCAGGAGUCGAUACCAGUCAUUUCUGUUCAAACUAGUGAGGACGGCACCACACGCCGCACUGAAACCACAGUAAAGAAAGUGACAAAGACCACAACCACUCGUACAGUUAUCCCCUCAGUCUCUGACACGCUCUCUCUGGAUGGCACUGGUUCUGUCACCGGUAUGAGUGGUUACAAUGCUCCAAUAGAUCGGGUGUACAGGCAGCCAGGUCACAUGGAUUACCCAACAGCUACAGUCCCUCGAAAUUACCACUAUGGGCCACCAGGGGGGUACGAUGACUACCGCCCUGGCCCACCCUCCGAAACCUAUGCCAGCCUGAACCGAGGGGCCCGAAUGGAUGAUCGCUACAGACCCGUGGAUGGCUAUCGGACAUUGGACGCAGGCUAUCGUGUUCACAGCAGGCCACAGCUGGACCCUUACGCUGCCCAGCCACAGGUAGGUCGCAUGGGCAGUGCCAUGGAGAUCUCUGGCAUGCAGCGAUUUGUUCCAGAGCCCUAUGGUCUGGAGGAUGACCAGAGAAGUCUGGGAUACGAUGAGCCUGAUUAUGGUAUGGGGCCUGCUAUGCACUACAGCACCAUGCCCCGGCUAGGACAUAAUCCUCCACUUCCACGCAGGACUGGCUCAUAUGAGGGUACUCUGGAUGGGGAUAUGAGUGGAGCAGGCGAUGUGUAUUAUUGGGGAGGCGGAGCUCCUUUGGCUCAGGGAGAAAGGGGAAGCAUGGCGUCACUGGACAGCACUCUGCGUAAAGGUCCUGUCCCUACAACAUGGAGGCAGCCUGAGCUGCCUGAAGUCAUCGCUAUGCUUAAUUAUCGUCUAGACCCAGUCAAGAGCAAUGCUGCUGCUUAUCUUCAACAUCUCACAUUUAAGAAUGAUAAGGUCAAAUCAGAAGUAAGGCGCUUGAAAGGCAUUCCUGCUCUGGUGUCCAUGUUGGACAACCCAAAGAAGGAAGUGCAUCACUCUGCGUGUGGAGCUUUGAAGAAUAUCUCGUAUGGACGAGACCCUGACAACAAAAUUGCCAUCAAGAACUGUGAUGGAAUCCCAGCUCUGGUACGCCUGCUGAGGAAGACCAGAGAUCAAGAUCUAACUGAUACAAUUACAGGAACUCUGUGGAACCUGUCAUCUCAUGACUCUGUGAAGAUGGAGAUUGUGGACCAUGCACUUCAUGCGCUUUCUGAUGAAGUCAUGGUGCCACACUCUGGCUGGGAGAGAGGGAAUGAUGGAGGAGAGGAAAGCUGUAAACCCCGCCACCUUGAAUGGGAGACUGCUCUCACCAACACUGCUGGAUGCCUGAGGAAUGUGAGCUCAGAAAGGAGUGAGGCCAGGAGGAAAUUAAGAGAAUGUUCUGGUUUGGUUGACUCACUCAUGUAUAUUGUCCAAUCCCAGAUUAACUAUAAAGAUAUGGACAGCAAGUUGGUGGAGAACAGCGUUUGUCUUUUGAGGAACCUAUCUUAUCAGGUGCAUCGAGAAGUGCCAGGAUGCGAGCGCUACCAGGAGACUGUACCUGUCAAUCAAGGCCCUGCCCCAGCCAAUCAGAAAGGUGGCUGCUUCAGCUCUCGCAAGGGCAAAGACGAGUGGUUUUCCAAAGGGAGGAAAGAUGAUGAUGGAAACAAUGACACAAUUGACAUUCCAAAGAGGACCACAGCAGCCAGAGGUUAUGAACUGCUUUUCCAGCCAGAAGUGGUGCGAGUGUACACAUCACUGCUGAAGGAGAGCAAGAAUCCAUCUGUUCUAGAGGCUUCUGCAGGAGCCCUCCAAAAUCUUUGUGCAGGCCGCUGGACCUAUGGACGUUAUAUUAGGGCAGUGGCCAGACAGGAGAAAGCUUUGCCCAUGAUGACUGAACUGUUGAGUCAUGGGAACGACCGUGUAGUCCGAGCCAUGUCUGGAGCCCUGCGAAACCUGGCUAUUGAUGCCCGCAACCGGGACCUUCUUGGAAAGCAUGCUAUACCUAACCUGGUGGUAAACUUGCCAGGCGGUGGGCAAAGCCAGCCUGUACGUAACCUCUCCGAAGAGACUGUGGUUUCGGUGCUCAGCACUCUGGCAGAGGUGGUUGGUUCCAGCGUUGAGGCAGCCAAGAUCCUGCGCAGCUCACAGGGCAUUGAGAGACUGGUGCUCAUCAACAAGGAUGGUAACCGUUCUGAUAGGGAAGUACGUGGUGCUGGCCUGGUGCUGCAGAUUGUGUGGGGAUUUAAGGAGCUGCGGCGUACACUGGAAAAAGAUGGCUGGAAAAAAUCCGACUUUGUGGUCAACAUGAACCCUCCUAGCAACACCCGCACCAAUGGUGGCUAUGAGGACAGCAGCACCCUGCCACUCAUCGACAGAGGAGGAAAGCAAGACAGAGACAGAAACAUGAUUCCAAUGAAUGAUUUGGGACCAGACGCCUAUGCUACACUGGACCAGAGAGGACGAAGGAACACUUUGGAUGACACCCUAGAACCUGCAGAAAAUGAUAUUCAGGGAGGGAUGUAUGGGGAGAGACGGGGCUCCAUGCCCUUGUUGGACUCUUACGACGGUUAGGCCACUCCCCCCCCCUCACCCCACUCAGUGCAUGAGCGAGCAUGAAAAACUGAUAGUGUGCAUAACUCGUGGUGAGCACCCUGUUCCUGCCUACUGUCCCUGCUGAACCUCAUCACGACGGGACCACAGCCACUAAUCAAUGACGCAAAGAAUCUCUUCCUCCAUCAUUAUCCAUUCUUCCUUUCUCUCACAUUCUGGUCUGUCUCCUAAGAUAGAAAUGACUGAGUGCCACUAUUAGGCAAAGACUAUGUAGUCAUUUUUAUUUUUAUUUUGGUACUUUAAAUCCAUGCCACUCAUUUUUAAUACUAAGAAACACAAGAGACUGAUACACUACAGAAAUUAAAUGUUUUUUUUUUUUUAUAUAUAUAAAGUUCACACCUUAUUUUAUUCUUUUACACUACAUACUGUGCAUUAUGCCCUAAAAAGGGUGAACUCACUCCACUUAUUUCUCCCUUAUGAUCUAGUUAACGUCCUCCUGCUACACUGACGAUUAGUUUUAUUUACUGACACUUUCAUUCAACAUGCCGCUAUACAGUAAAUGUUCUUUCUACCACUAAGUUUAUGAUGUCAUCGUAUUUCCCCUUAAUGUCUUGAACACUAAUGAACUUGUAAAAACUUACGUUCUUUUUCUUUGGGAGGUUAUGUAGCAGUAAGAUUGGUCUGCAUUUGUUUCCAUUUUUCUGUGCUGAUGAACAUCUAUGCCAAAUUACACCACUGUUUUGUGAGUUACACUUAAAAAUCAAGUUUGUGAGUGUGUAUAUAUAUUAGUAUGUUAAAUCAUCUCAGAAGAAUUUGGGAUAAUGACUCUAAGUCUCUAAGGAUGCUGAUGUAGAGGUGUGAGUAGGUGUUAGGUGUAGGAAGAAGGUUGGUGGAUAAUGCUUGUAGGAAGAGAUACCCGUGUUCUAGUUUUGGUUGUCUAAAUUGAGCAUCCAUAAAGAGGACAAUAGAAAGGCAUUUUUUUUAUUUAAAUGUAGCUCAGAUGAUGUCAAGGUUGGGUUAUUUGGGACAAGACUACUUUGUUCCUGACUUUAGCUUUGGCAGGGUUAACUGCAGAGCUGGUCCUGAAUUCAGAGCUGGAGCACUCUGGAUUAAUGUUGAGCCCCUCUGGAAAAAAAAAGCAGCAUGAAUAAGAAAUGCAGAUCAAAAAACUAAACUCUGCAGCCCAGUUCUUGCUUUCUGCUUUUUCUCAAAUUAUAGACAGAUGUGUAAAUAUGAUGGCAUAUAACAAAUCCACCGUUCUUAAUCGGAGUGCCUCACUCAGUGAUUAGCCCAUGGGGCUUGUGUGUGUGUGUGUCUGAGUAUGGCUUUAAGAAGUGUGUGUGUGUGUGUGUGUGUGUGUGUGUGUGUGAGGAAAAUGGCCUCCAGUGCCUGUGUUGUAUUGGGAGUGAAUGAUGGACCAUUGAGGGUGCGUUGGCUUUACAUGACGAGCAAAGUGCUCCUUCUAUAGACUGCGUAUUCGAUAUGCACAGUGUCUGAUGUAGAUAUUUGCUAAAUGGAUACUUUAGCACUAGGAGUCAAGUGUUUUUUUUUUUUUUUACUUUUUUUUUUUUUCUUUUUUUUAAACCCUCUUCCCUUUAAUGGGAUUUUCCCCAAACUGAUUUUUAAACCAGUUUUCCAAACAAGUCAUCCUUUCACCUUAUGUGGUACACUACAGUUCAGUAUAGUUAUAUGACUGAUUAAAUAAAAGCAUAGCUUCUAAACAGGUGUCCAUCAGCAGACCAUGAACUGGUGGAAGGUUGUGAUUCUGAGAAGUCAAAGACUGUCUAAAAUCUUGGCACAGUUGCAUCUAUUGCAGGCAAAAUUGAGGUGAGAGCUCAGUUUUUGAAUCUAGCUUGAUAUUUAGACAAAGGAAAAAAAGCACAGUUAACUAUAUAUACACACCAGAGAAUAUUUGUUAAUUUUAAUUAUUUGUUUCCUCUCAGUUUCUGUGUCUGCCUUUUUUUCUUUUUUUUUUUUAUAUAUAUAUAUUUUAUGAUUGGGAUACUUUUUUUUUUUUUUUUUUUCUGGGGUUGUUGUGGGUGAAUGCAUAUGCAAUCAGUUUUAUUUUUAAUUAAAUGCAUUUACGGUUUAUACAUUAAUUAAAAACAAAACGAGGAAAAAAUCGUUCGUGUCAUGUAUUGUCGGUUGUGCUACACUUUAUAUGCAACAAAAUCAGAUCAUUUCUCUUAAUUUCAUCUAUCUGCCUUGGCUCUUAAAUAUCGCACCUUUUUGUUUCAUGAAUUAAAUGUGUAACGUAGCAAUACCGUUUUUUUAAUAAAAGAAUGAUUUUUUUUUUUCCAA